GUUACCAUGGAAACACGACACUAGCCUAAUAGUGGUUGUAGUAAGCAACAGCUAAACUGAACAUGCUAACGGCUAACCGACGAGCUAACGAAUUUAUCCCAUAAAUAUUUCUAAAGACAUUGAAUUUUAAAAUGUCGCCGUCGAGCGCUGAACUUUGAAUGAGCGGUCAGCAGUCUUCAGUCAAGCCCGCUGGCGGUUUUAGUUAGCCUGCUAGCAUCGCGUUAGCGGCUCCAAGCUAACGCUCAGAAGGAUGCGAUGACCGUCUAUGCCAUUCGCGGGCUCAGUAGGUCCCUGUUGCUGGUUAGCCGCUCGGUGGUUCCGCUGCCGGGAUGGACGUGAGCUAGGGAUUGUUCCGGCCGCUGCUUCUCUGGACCGGAGCCUGAGAGUUGCGUAUCCGCACAGCCAUAGAAUAAGCAGUAGUUUCGUCUAACACGCCGCGGGCCGGACCCGGUAGGGCUCUACAAGACCCGGCUAAACCGGUGUGAGAUGCUGUUGACCGGACAACGGAUCCACAAGCUGAGUCCCGCACACGUAUGUUGAAAGGAUGGACGCCUGCAGCACCAACCCCAACCGCACGGCACCGGUCGGUGAGGACGGUCCGCAGCCAGCUGAUGUGCGGCUCUGCUCUCGAACCAACGGCUGGAGCUGGCCGCCUCAUCCCUUCCAGCUGCUGGCUUGGCUGCUCUACGCCUUCUUCGCCAUUAUGGGCCUCGGCGUCUUUGUGCCCCUGCUGCCCACCCACUGGACCCCCGCAGGCUACAUUUGCACCAGCAUCAUGUUUGCUUGCCACUUGUGUGCGCACGUUAUGGCUGUGUCUAUCGACCCGGCCGACUGCAACGUCAGAGCCAAGAGCCGCAAAGGUCCAGUUCCAGCCUUUGACCGCUCAAAACACGCCCACGUCAUUGAGAACUGCCACUGCUACCUGUGCCAGGUGGACGUAGGACCAAAGUCAAAGCACUGCAGCGCGUGUAACAAGUGUGUGGCCAACUUCGACCAUCACUGCCGCUGGCUCAACAACUGUGUAGGAAGCAGGAACUACAAGUUGUUCCUGCACAGUGUGGUGUCGGCUCUGCUAGGUGUGUGUCUGGUUCUGGUGGUUUCCCUUUACGUCUUCAUUGAAUUCUUUUUGGACCCCGCCAAACUCCGUACGGACAAACACUUCUGGGUGCAAAAUGAGACGACCGUGUGGUUUGUCUUCCUGCCGCUGGCGCCCGUGCGAGCGGCGUCCGCUGUGAUUCCCGUGCUGGCGGCUGUCACCAUCACGCUGGCUUUGCUGUCGUCUGUGCUGCUCUGCCACCUCCUCUGCUUCCACAUCUACCUCAUGUGGAAUAGGCUGAGCACAUAUGAGUACAUUGUGCGUCAGCGCCACCGUCAGGACAACAGACACACACCGACACCAGCAGAUUUCAAACAGACGGCCUCUCAUUCAGUCGACUUGAAGGGUUCAGACCACUCAAGGACGCUGGGCUACACCGACACUCAUGUGGGCAAGGAGGAAGUAACCGCUGUCUCUCUACGGGGGGACGAGUUCAUGGCUACUGGUGGAGUGAGAGGUGUGGCCACUCCUGUUCUGGAACUAGAGGCCCCGCCCACUCUCUCUGGAGAACAGAACACAGGAGAUCACAAACACAGACACACGCAGAAGAAGAGGAGGAGGAAGCUCAGUAAAGUUCCUGCAGACGUGACCAGAGAAAGUCACUGUCCCGCUUCAGCUCCGCCCCCUGGCGCAGCGCCAGCCACAGCCGAGUCCUGCAGCCUGUCCACCAUGUCCUUCAGCCAACGCCUGCCUUUCCCGGCAUUCCCCCUGAGGGCCUCCCUGCCCCCCCUGGCCGCACCCUCUGCGCCCGUCCUGGCCGCCGCCCCACCUGCUGAGUACAACUCAGACUCGGCCGAGUCGUUGGAGGAGAUCCCCGUGGCGCUGGCCAAGCUGGGCUCGUCAUCCUCUGCGGGAGGCGUCCGAGACAGAGGCGCACUCCCACCUCCCUGCCCCCUGCCCAGGACUAACAGAAAGCCUUCCCCGUCCCGCUACAGUAGGAGCGCCGCGGAGGUGAGCUUCAAGACGCCGUCUGCUCAGUCCCCCUCGGUGUUCGUGAGCCUGGCCAGCGGCGUGACCAGGACGUGAGUCUGGACACUCAACAACGUCUUGGAGGCAGCAAUGGUGUGGAGGCACCUUCCCCCCCCUCACCUGCACAACAACCUUUUUCAUACACUCUGCUCUUUUACAUUUGGGACCAGCUGUGAGCAGGGCGUGUCCCAACAACUGGCUCAAAGAUUGCCACAGUAACCCGGCCGACACAGUUGACCUUACUCCUUGUUUCUUACUGUUGCCGCGUCGACGGCACAAAUGCACUCGCCUCACGUGCACGUCACUCACCUCCUGUCGAGCGUGAGAAUCACUAUUUAUUCUAAACUUCACCCGUGAAUAGUUUGGAUGAAUGCUCGUUAGCUUAGCAUAUGUAAACUAAGUAUGUAUGCUAAGCUAAGGAGGCUUUAAUGUCCGUGUCCUCACAUCAAAUGGAAAUAAAAUG